UGCACUAUAAAUAUUGCUAUCAAGGUUCUCUCAACUGCAUCACUUUUUAUUAUGUAUACAAUUGAAUACAACUCGUUUCGAAUUAAAAAUCAAAUUGUGAAGCGAUUCUUAGAAGAGCUUGAACACAUCUGUGACGAACUAGAAGAUAAGAACGAAAUAGCUAUCAUAAAGAAAUACGGAAACGAAGCAAAGCGUUUUGCGGGCAUAAUUAUAUUGUUUUACUGCGGCAAUGUAGCUGCUGUUACUUCUAUCGUAAUUUUACCGGUCAUUCCUGGUGCUGUCGUCAUAAAUAAAUCUCAAAUGCAUCACCUAAUACAAAACCUAAUGCCUGUGUACUAUGUUAACCAAGAAGAAUAUUUUUAUUUACUGUUACUACACAUGUAUGCAGUCAUGAUAAUCGGAGGGACUGCAAUGGUAGCAGCAGACCUAAUGCUCUUAGGCUACCUUAAACAUGCCUGUGGCAUGUUUAGAAUCGCCAGUUACCGCAUCGAGAAAGCAUUGAUGACAAAUAUGGUGAAAAAGGUUAGCUUAAAGAACGAGAUUAUAAUGUAUAAAGAAAUGAUUCUGGCGGUAGAUAUUCAUCGUAAAGCUAUCAAGUUCUCUGAGGUCCUGUUUGAUAAUUUUCAAGGAUCGCACUUUUUUUUAAUAACAGUUGGUGUGAUUUGUUUGAGCCUCAAUCUUUAUGGAAUUACUAAGACACUUGGAGAUGAUAUCGAACAAUUUAUAAUACACUUUUUAAUUGUAGGUAUAAUCUGGAUAUAUUUCUUUCUAGUCAAUUAUACCGGGCAAGAAAUUACAGAUCACUAUAACCACGUAUUUUCCACAGCUUACAAUGUUCGGUGGUACAUAGCACCAUUACACGUACAAAAACUAAUAUUGUUUCUCUUGCAAAGAGGUAGCAAAACUAUCAACUUACAGCUAGGCGGAAUAUUUAUAUUAUCCUUAGAAUUUUUUGCUACGCUAACGAAGGCAUCGAUAUCUUAUUUCACCGUUGUGUAUUCCACGCAACAAUGAUGCGAUUAUAUCCAAGAGUGAUUGUCAUUUUUAUAUUGUGAGCGGUUCAAUAAAUCAGGCACAACGUACCUAACUGGAUUGCAAAAGAACAAAACGUUUUAUUGUA